GAGCACGUCGCCAAGUCGCUCGCUGUCCACGCCCGAGACGCUGCCAAAGUGGGCGAGCGAGCGGGCGCCCUGGCCGACGAGCAACGGCGGAUGCGGGCCCAGAUCGACGACAUCGAGAAGACGCUCGCCAUGGCCGAGAACGAGACCCCGAUCAUCGACUUCCAGGCGCUUGAGGCGUGUUCCAGGCUCCCCGACGCGAGGAUCUUCUCCGCGGGUGCUCCUGAAUUGGUCGGCCCUGCGCAAGUGCGCGCUGGCAUCUCCGAUUGGCUCACAGCUGCCGGCAUCGACAAAACAUUGUCCGUCUCGACCCCCCCGCCCCCAGAAAGCGCUUCAACAUUGUCGUGGGGGGCGGGCUGGACAUCGCCAUUCCGCGUGCUCAAGCGCUGGCUCGACAUCUGCGUAGCCCUGCGGUCCCCACAGCAAGUGCGGAUGGAAAUCCAAACGAGGCGUCUCGCCAACAUCCUCAGUGAAGCGGUCCCUGGACAGGCCUUCAGCGCCCAGCGGGCUCGUGGCAUCAUCACUUCCCAGGGCGUCAAACUGGCCGAACUCGAGAUGGGCGGCCGUCGGGAAGCGGGCACCGCCACCCGCUGGAACGUGGACAUGGUCUCGCGGAUGGCAAUCGACAGGGACGCGAUCGCCGAGCAGUCCAAGAAGGCCUUCUCGCUGGAGGACCGCACGGAGUGGCCUUGGCACUUCGCGUUGGGAUCCGCGGCGCCCGCCGACUUCAGACUGUCGCUCCCGAGGGCUGCACUUGGCGGUCUGCUACAGCCGCAGCGCUAUCUCUCGUUUCUGGCGGCUGUCUCUUCCCCUGGCGUGGGUGGCGUCGCCUUCCUGGCCCCGCAGAUGCCCGCGGCUUCCUCGCCCGGGGUGGCCCCCGCAUUCUCCUUCGACCUCGUGAUCCCUGACAGGAUUGAGGCGCAGUGGCCCACCCACUUCGACAAGGCCAGCCAGCAACUCUCGGUCAUUGACCGCAUAUUCCUGGGAAUCGACACGCAUGCGAUGCUCUCCGUUUCCACGCGCCUCACGACCGCUUGCGACUCGAUGGAGUUGUCGGAGCCCGGCCUCAGCGACCACGCGCCUCUCGUCUUGCAGAUCGAGAUGGCCCGACAUGUACCGCGCGAGGAGCAGGCGACCCCGUCGCACCUCCUCUUCCACCCGAAGUACCCCGAUACAUUUGUUCUAAUGAUGGCGAACAGUGAUUUGGAGGCUGCGUCGGUCGAGGACCGCUGGCGUGCCUACAAGACAUGCAUGACAUCGGCUGCAGGUCGGAUCCGCGAUGAGCAGCUGCGCACCAAGUUCUCCCUGAAGGCCAGGGACGGCAAUGCCGAGACCACGUACAUGGGCUUCAAGACUGCGGCGCGGGCCCUCUGGCGCCAGGAUGCGCCGCUUGCGGCCCGCCUUCUGGCAUUGUGCACUGACCUCUCCGCCCGCCUGGUGAUCGACCAAGGCUCCGUUCGCGUGGCGGACGCCAGAGCCUUCGCCGAGGCCUUCGACGCGGCCGCGGCGAAGGUGCACGCCAUGCGCAGGCAGGCGGCCGAGGUGGUCAGUGACUCCGCGGGCAUGACGGGCGUUGUGGCUGAGUACUGGGGCAAGAUCUUCGAGCGCACGCCGACCGUGGAGCAGAAGCUGCGGCUCAACCAGUUCCUUGACCGCUUUGCCCCGCAGCUUCCCGUGGUGGAGCUUCCUCAGCCGUCGCUGCGCGCACUGGGGAGCGCCGCAGCGCGGGCCCCGCCAAGCGCUCCUGGGCCUGACCAACUCCCAUACGCAGCGUGGCGGCGCAGCCCUGGUGCUCGACUGCAUCUCCACGCUUUGAUGGAGCAGCUUUUCAACGAGGGCGCUGGGCCGCAUGACCUCAACUGGUCGAUCUUCCUCUGCGUGCCGAAGGGGGCGGAGGAUGAGGACACACCCGGCCUGUGCACUCGAACGGCCUCCAUUGUGCGCACGCUCUCCCUCAAGAAUGCGGACGCCAAGCUCAUUGCCUCCUGCGCGGACCGCGCUCUGCAGCCCAUCGCCUCCGCUGCGACGGAAGGGGUGCAAAAGGGCUUCACUGCUGGGCGGCGCUUCGUGGACCACACCCCGUUCCUGGACGCGGAGUGCCGCCGCGAGGGUCUCCUCCCUGGCGCCGCUCAGCGUCGCCCGAUGCUGCUUUCCUUCGGCUUCAGACAGGCGCUCCCGCCCCUCUUCCGCGACGUGAUCGACAUCGUGCUGCCGAGGUACGGCGCCCCGCUGGGCUUCUGUGGUGUGAUCUCGGCGCUGCGCUGCAACUGCCACGCCUUCAGCUCCUUCCGAGUCUCGGGAGGCAGCGCGGCGAUGGGGCCGCCUUUUGCCUUGAGGUGCGGCAUCAUGCAGGGGUGCCCCCUCUCGGGCACGGUCUGGCGCCCGGGCGUGGACGCCCCGAUCCGCGCUCUGAUAGAGGCGCUGGGAGACCCCCCUGAAGGCUGCCUCACAGCGCGCGCGGGCGAUCUGGGCAUGCUCAUCCGCAAUGCCAAGACCCCCCCGUUCACCGCCGAGUCUUUCGAGGACAUCGAGUUUGCAUUCAACCUCCAGCUUGCGAUCCACAAGUGCGCGCUGGUCCCGCUUUGGGCCGAGGUCACGCCCAACCUUAUCAAUGACACCGAGGCGCUCCUGGCCGAGAUGGCCCCGAGCUGGAGGGGCUUCCGCGUCGACUCCUCGGCCAAGUACCUGGGAACGCGCAUCGGCCCCGGCAUCUCGGAGCAGGGCAUCUGGAAGGAUGCGGCGGCGAAGUGGCGGUCACGGGCUGCGGAGAUGAGCCGCGCGGGCACGGCGGCCAGCCUUGCCGCCCGCGCCUACAACGUCAACGUGUUUCCGUGCCUCUCCUACCUGGCCCAGUUCUUCUUCAUCGCCCCCGAGAUCUGGCGGGUCGAGUUCACGAUGCCCCACCGCCUCCCGCGCCUCCCUCUGUCGGCCAUGCGCAAGGCGGACAUCCUCUCCAUGGGUGCGUGGUGCGGCCCCCCUGCACCGAUGGGCCUGCUGCCGCACUCGGUCGGCGCGCUCCUCCGCGCUGCGGCUCACACGGCGCGCGACUGGGCGCCCACGCUGCGCGCCCUGCACGACACGGCGGCCGAGAAUCCCCCGCUGGCGAGCGUCCUGAAGGGCUCGUGGUCGCCGCCGCGGUGGGCCACCAAGCGUUCCAUCGUCCAGAACUACGGCCUCGUGAUGGAUAAGCGCGGUGCCUUGCCGCACCCGCGCCCUGUGAUUGACAGGGCGCCCGCCCCUGCGCCGAUGCCCAUCAUCGAGGCGGCUCGCAGCGCCAUGGGCGACGAGGAGCAGGUCAAGCGCCAGGCCGCGGCGAUGCGCACCAUCCGCGACGGCCUCUACGAGGAACGCCUCGACCAGCUGAUCGGCCGCCGUCUGCGGCGCUGGAGCCUGGAGAUGCCUGCCGAGGAGCUGCGAGGCCGUUGGCUGGAGCUCCGCGCCGAGUUGCGCGCUGCUCGCCCCGCCUGGAUGUGGUCGCGGCUGCGCACUAUCACCAACGGCUGGAUCACGUCGGGCAGGAUGCACGUCAUUGCGCCCCGCCCCUGCAUCAUGGGCUACGAGGCGAGGGACGACCUGUCGCACUACAUGGCGCGCCCGGUGCUGCGCGGCGCGGUCGCAUCACCAGCGGAGGCGAGUGAGCUGGGCAGCGGCGCCACAUUCCUCGGGCUAG